AACUGCCAGAAUAGGCAGUUGAUAGCAGUAGUGCAGCUGCUUUGACAACACAAUAAAAGUGGACUCCUGUAACUGAUAGGGAAUAUUUUCUUUGAGUGGAUUCAAAGUCUGCCUGCAUUUAUCCAAGUGGUCGCUUCGUCCGUAGGCAGGAUGAAGAAAGUGGUAAUGUGCGAAAAAGAUCCUUCCUGGAGCUACUGGUCGCACCGCUGGGCAACUAAAGACACACCCUGGCAUAAUAGUACUCCUCAUCCGUUCUUGGAUCAAUUGUCUCACCGCCUACUGGACCACAGAGGAACUGCAUUUGUACCACUCUGUGGGAAAGCCACCGAACUUAAAUGGUUCUUCGACCAAGGUUACAAUGUCGUGGGAGUGGAAUAUGUGGAAACUACUGGACGCGAGUUCUUCUCAGAAUGGGGCAUGCCAAUGGAAACAUCUACAUGUCCCAACCUGGGAUGCAGAAUAUUACAGACACCCGACAAGCGGUUGCGAAUAUUUUGUUGUAGUAUUUUUGAUUUCAACAGGUGCCAUGUUGGCCCCGUGGACAUCAUAUGGGACCGCGGAGCCUUGGUUGCAAUACCGCCUGAUUCUCAAUUGAAGUAUGCAACGAUCGUCAAGUCCCUGAUGGCUCCCACAUGUCGCUACCUUUUAGUUUCCUGCAUACAUCAGGAUGAAACCUACUCUGGUUUUCCCGUGCACACACCGGAUGAUGUGGUGCAAAAGCUUUUCGGUGAUUGCAAGACUGAGAAGAUUUCACAUGCUCCGUUAGAAAACCCCUGCUACAUAAUAACGCCCAGAUACGAGGUCAGGUGGCUCAUCACACCUGUGUGAACACCACGAUACUUCAUAAAUGCUACACAACAUGGAUGUCUUCCACAAAUAUAAUCAGUGGUCCUCGCUGACUACGGAGUUCUGAUACGCAGA